AUGCGGAAGAUGCUCCUCUCUCUCCUCCUCCUCCUUGCCAGCCUCGUGGGCUCUCUCGCCCUGGAAGAUCUGGACAGGAAGGCAUUCGUUUUCCCGGUGGCAACAAACACGGCACAUGUGGUCUUGACGCCCACCAUACCACACCCCCUGACCAACUUCACAGUGUGCGUGAGAGUCUACACAGAACUGACCCGCACCUACAGCCUCUUCUCUUAUGCCAGCAAGAGAGACGCCAAUGAGAUCCUCCUCUAUUUUGAAAAACCCUAUCAAUACAGUUUUUGGAUGGGAGGUCAAAGUGUGAUCUUCAAAGUUCCACAAAAAUUCAGCAAUAGCCCUGGCGGGGAGCAUGUCUGCACGAGUUGGGAAUCGGCCACUGGCUUAGUGGAGCUCUGGGUGAACGGGCAACCUUUGGUCCGGAAGAGUUUGAGGAAAGGCUAUUCUGUCAGUGCUGAGGCAUCCAUUAUACUCGGCCAAGAGCAGGAUUCCUAUGGAGGUGGCUUUGACAUCAACCAGUCCCUCGUAGGGGAAAUCACAGAUGUGUACAUGUGGGACCGUGUUCUGUCCCCCGAUGAGGUGGUCUUUGCCUGGCACAACUAUCCUCUACCUAACUACCUGAUUGACUGGAAAUCAUUGAGUUAUGACAUCAUAGGCGAUGUCAUUGCUAAGCCUGCCUUGCUGUCUGCCCAGAGAGCCGGGUAG